CAGCACCACAGCAAGUGCCCUGGACCUGGUCUCCUUUGACUUUGGCGUCAGUGGCUCUCAUUUCUGGGGAUAGUUACUUCACAUAGGCUGGAGAGCUCCCACUGAAAGAGCAACUUGCCUUCUCAUCUUCUGGUCUUCUUUUACAUCCUGCAUCACAUCCAGUUAUGGAACACCUUGAAAGCUAGUUCUGGAAGCUGAGCAAGUUGUAUCUUCACACGUCUUCAUGCUUCUUUAAGAAAAGCAGAAAAUGAACAAACCCCAGGGGUCACUGUCAUUUGGAGAUGUGACUGUGGACUUCUCCCAGGAAGAGUGGCAGCACCUGGACCCUGCUCAGAGGACCCUGUACAGGGAUGUGAUGCUGGAGAACUACCACAACUUUGUCUCAGUGGGGUAUCCCAUUAAAAAGCCAGAUGUGAUCUUCAAGUUGGAAGAAGGAAAGGAGCCAUGGAUAUUAGAGGAAGAAUUUCUAUACCAGAACUACCCAGAAGACAGCAGAGCUUAUUACGUAGCAGAGAGAAUCCAGAAAAACCAAGACAAAUACUUGCCACAAGUUUUAUUCAACAACAAAAAAAUGACCUCAGAGAAAGUAUAUGCUUUAAGGAAAUCAUCUAAUAAAAGUACAGAUUUUAUUCCUUCAAGAAAAAUACCCUGUAAACAUGACUUACAUGGAAUGAAUUUGAAAAAUAUUUUAGUAUCAAUUGGUAGUAAUAGAUAUUCUUCAGGGAGAAAGCCUCACAUGUUAAAUGUGUAUGAGCAGUUACUUGAUAUAAAGCAGGAAAAACCUCAUACGCAAGAGAGUUCUCAUGAAAAUAAUCAAUAUGAGAAAGCCCUUGGUCAUAAGAAUGGUAUUAUUCAGCAUGUAAAUACACAGUCUUCAGAGAAGACUUUAAAAUAUGAUGGUGGAAAAUCCUUAGGAAAAAAGACCACAAUAAUUCCAUACAGGCAAAUUGACACAGGAGAGAAACUCUGUGAAUAUAAUGGACAUGGAGAAACCUGUGAGAGGUCAUCUCUCUUGGAAUGUCAUGGAGUUUCCUUUGAAAUGAAACAAUGCAAAGGCAAUCAAAUUGAAAAUAAUUUCAGCAGGAUGUCACAUGUUACUCAAGUUCAGAAAAAAAAGAGAUGUGAGGGUCUAUUCAAAUGUAGUGAAUGUGGGAAAACAUUCAACUACAAGUCAAACCUCACAGUGCAUCAGAAAACACAUAUGGGAGAGAAACCCCAUGAAUUUAAUUCAUGUGGGAAAGCGAGUCAUAAGUCACACCUCACAGACCAUCAGUUAGCACAUAUAGGGGAGAAACUUUAUAAGUGUAUUAAGUGUGGGAAGUCCUUUUGCAAGAAGUCAUCUCUUACUCAACAUGAGGAAACAUACACAGGGAGGAAACCCCAUGAAUGCAAUGAUUGUGGAAAAACUUUCUGCAAGAAGUCAGCCUUCACUCAACAUCAGAGAACUCAUACAGGAGAGAAGCAAUUCCAACAUAAUGAAUGCAGUAAGACCUUCCAUCGACAGUCAGACAUUAAGGUACAUCAGAGAAUUUACACAGGAGAGAAACGCUUCCAAUGUAAUGAAUGUGGCAAGACUUUCCAUUGGCAGUCAGACAUUAAGCUACAUCAGAGAAUUCAUACAGGAGAGAAACCCUUUCAGUGUAGCAAAUGUGGUAAAACUUUCUAUCGGCAGGCAGAUGUUAAUGCACAUCAGAGAAUUCACACGGGAGAGAAACGCUUUCAAUGUAAUGAAUGUGGUAAGACUUUUUAUUGGCAAUCAGACGUUCAUGCACAUCAAAGAACUCACACAGGAGAAAAACCCUUUCGGUGUAAUGAAUGUGGUAAAUCUUUCCAUCGGCAGUCGGAUGUUAAUGUUCAUCAGAGAACUCACACAGGAGAGAGACGCUUUCAAUGUAAGGAAUGUGGUAAAACUUUCUAUCGUCAGUCAGACGUUAAUGCACAUCAGAGGAUUCACACAGGACAGAAACCCUUUCAAUGUAAUGAAUGUGGUAAAACUUUCUAUCGUCAGUCAGACGUUAAUGUGCAUCAGAGAACUCACACAGGAGAGAAACGCUUUCGAUGUAAUGAAUGUGGUAAAACUUUCUAUCGGCAGUCAGAAGUUAAUGUUCAUCAGAGAACUCACACAGGAGAGAAGCCCUUUCAAUGUAAUGAGUGUGGUAAAACUUUUUAUCGGCAGUCAGAUGUUAACGCACAUCAGAGAAUUCACACAGGAGAGAAACCUUAUAAAUGUAAUGAAUGUGGGAAAUCCUUUUAUGAGAAAUCAUCCCUCACUCGACAUGAGAGAACUCACACAGGGGAGAAGCCCUAUGAAUGUAAUGAAUGUAGGAGAACCUUCUGCCAGAAGUCAGCCCUCACUCAACAUCAGAGAACUCACACAGGAGAUAGACCCUUUCGGUGUAAUGUAUGUGGUAAAACUUACCGUCAUCUGUCAGCCAUUAAUGUACAUCAGAGAACUCACACAGGAGAGAAGCCCUUUCAGUGUCAUGAAUGUGAGAAAUCAUUUCUUACAAAGUCGACUCUUAUUAAUCAUCAGAGAACUCACACAGGAGAAAAACCCUUUGAAUGUAACGAGUGUGGGAAGAGUUUUCGUCAUAAAUCUACCCUCACUACCCAUCUGAGAAUUCACUCAGGAGAGAAACCUUAUAAAUGCUGUGAAUGUGGAAAAACUUUCGGCCGGAAAUCAGCCCUUACUAAUCAUCAAGGAAUUCACCUAGGGUAGAAACUCUGUAGCAAAACUUGCUGGGUUUUUCCUCAUUACCGCCCCCUUUUUUUUGUGGUUACCUACUAGUCAAGAUUUUCUGGAUUUCCAUUCAUAUGAGGCCAUGUGACCUCUGGCAUAAAUUCCAAGCCUUUAAAGGACCUUGUUUGAAAGUUUUCCUACUUCUAUUUUUCUUUCCGUAUCAAAGGGUAUUGGGAUCAUCCUCAGGGUACUUGGGAGCUAAUCAUUAGAGAUUAUAGAUUCACAGGUUUGAAGAAACCAGGGUCCUGGGCAGAGUUCUGCCUUCUCUAACAUCACUUGUAAGUCUUCUCAUGAACCAGAAAUAAAUUUCAGAUUUGUUCAGACCUUACACGUUUAGGGCUUUUUGUUGUCAUAGUAUAUCCUAGCCAUCUCUUAUUUCAUAUACCCUGUGAAUCUAAUGAAGGCAUGAGAAACACUCUGUGUCAGAGAAUUCAUUAGGGGGAAAUUGCUCUCAGUAUUCUGCAUCUUAAUAAACUUUGAUGAACAAGUCAAGCAUUUUGUAAAUCAGUUUACAAAUUGAGACACCCUAAAAUGAAAUGAAUGUAGGAGAAUUUUCACAACCUGCUUCUGAUUGGCCAUCAUAUAAUUGAGAAUAGAAGCUAAUAACUUGGAAAACACUUCAAAAUUUAUUUAUCAGAGAAUGCGUAACAAAGGAAAAUUGUCAGUUUAGGAAGUGAGGAAAACAUCCUUGUCUAGAAAUAAUAUUAUUCUAGAAGCAAUACUUCUAAUUGCUUAGAAGUAUUGCGAUCUACUUAGAAGUAGAGCAAUACUCUAAUACAUCCAAUUUGGAUGCAAUACUAAAUAAUCUUAUUAACAAUCUACCAUGGGAUAUUUAUUUGACCACAAUGGUCAACAUGUGGCUUUGAGACUGCACAAGUGGAUUGAGACAUCAAAGUAACAGUACUAAGUGUGUAUGUGACUAAAAUAGCAGCACUUUGUAAACAUCAGCACUAAGUGUAUAUAUGAAUAAAGUAAUAGCACUAAGUAUAUAUGUGAAUAAUAUAUGUAAACAAAGUAACAGCACUAAGUGUCUCUGUGAAUAAAGUAACAGCAUUAUGUGUUUAGGUGAAUAAUAAGCCUCUGAGCUUAAUCAGGCUUAAACAUAUGAGUGUGCCCUUCAGUGCCUACAUUCUGUAUGCUUGGUUUUUGUUUUAGGUUCCCAAAUAGUUAUAGUAGGAACAAUGCACUCCUACCUAAGGAAUUUUUGUGACAUACACUGUGUUUUCUCACACCAACUGGUAUUGUCCCAUCACAUACUUUUACCACAGUAUGUAUUUUUUAAAGAAACAUUGAACGCGUGAAAUACUACAUGUUGUGUAUGUUUUCUGCUUUCUGGUGGCACAUGUAAAUCAGUACAGGCAUUGUUAACAAAUCGUUCUUUUAGUAAAUAAGCCAAAUAAUGACUGAUAAAAUCAAGAUUUACUUGAUGUAUACAGGGAUUCAGUACAAAUUUAAAAUACACACCUGAAAUUUUCAACAUUAAUCUUGAACGUUAGGUACUUAUUAUACUGUACAGAUUGAAAGCAGUGCCCACUGAAGAAAAUUUCUCCACUUUAUAUUUGUGUUAUGUCCAAAGAAUACUUAUAUAAGUUUUAAGAGUGAAGUUCAAAUUUUAUGUGAGCAAAGAACUGUCUGCAUUUGUAUUUAGUGUGGUAGAAUGACAUGUUUCCUCCUACAGUUAUACAUGGUCUUUUCAGACAAGCCGUUCUGUGUGUCACUUACUAUUUGAGUGACCUAUGUAGUGAUUUAAUCUCUGCCUCAAUUUCCUCAUCUACAAAAUGGAGAUAAUAUUAUCUACCUCACAGAUACUGUACGGUUAGGGUCAGAGUUUUCUGUUAUUAAGAGCUAAAGGCAUUUAUGUUUAGAACUUGAACAUUAGAAAUAAAAUGGUCUGUCAUCCUGCA